UCAUGAAACCCAACCCACACCCCCCCCCCUUCCUCUCUCUCUCUCUCUCUCAUAUGCUCUUGUCCUCGUUUUUGUUGGGAUUAUAUAAGAAACGGAAUAUGGCUUCCCUUUGCUCAGUUUAAUCCCAAACUUGUGACUUUUGAGGUGGAAGUGGAGGUUUUAGGGGCAUGGAGAAGCCGGAUUUCAUCAAGUAUGGAGCUAUGAGACUGCCCCCCGGUUUUAGAUUCCACCCAACUGAUGAGGAGCUUGUGGUACAGUACCUCAGAAGGAAGGCCUUUUCUUGGCCGUUGCCUGCCGCUGUCAUUCCUGAGAUCGAUCUCGGGAAGUACGACCCCUGGGAUUUGCCUGGUGGUGGAAGCGAGGGAGAGCAGUAUUUUUUCAGCCUUCGAGAAGCGAGAUAUUUGAAUGGUAGACGACACAACAGAGCAACGGUCUCCGGCUACUGGAAGGUCACAGGAAAGGAUAAACCAGUCAUAGCCUCCCGGUGCAGCCAACUUGUGGGGUUGAAGAAGGUUUUAGUCUUCUAUAGGGGAAAGCCUCCACAUGGAUCUCGAACCGAUUGGAUAAUGCAUGAAUACUGCCUUGCUGAUCCUGAAACCAGGGCCUUCAGCUUUUCACAAAGAAAAACCUCACCCCAUAGUUCCAUGGUUCCCUCCAAAGAUUGGGUGGUGUGCCGGAUUUUUAAGAAGAGAAGAGCAACUAGGAUAGAUGCAGAGAUCACAUCAUACUACAACUACAGCCGAAUACAAAACAACAACACCGAGCCAAUCGAUCCGGGUCCUUCUUUAUCUUCUUCGUCCUCUUCUUCAAGCUGUUUGACUGAUCUUUCAGAGGAUGGAGAGGAAGGUAGCAGCCAUAGGACUGCUUCAUCUCCAAAUGGAAGAGAGACGUAGAAUGGUUUUCUUUUAUUUCGAUGUAUCACUACCUUAAUUUCAGAACAAUCCAACAUGAAAAACCUUCGAGCUGAACUCUGGCACUUGUAGCCUGUGCAAGUCUUUGUAAUUACGUUCUUGUUAACAGUUACUCUUCUUUUUAAAAAAUAAAUUCUCCUGAACAGUUUAGGACUAAGAGAAA